GGAGCCCAGGCCUUAUUGCAGCCGCAGGAUUUCUUUGCACAUCGCUCUGAAUACAUUUGCAUGCUUUUGGGCUUGCCAUCUCUUAAAGGAGUCGCCCUCCGAGGCUGCCAACCUCAGCUGCCUCGCCAUGCCCCUGGCCGGGUCCCUGCUGCUGCUGCUGCUGCUGGUGCUGUCCGCUCUCCUGGACCCUGCGACCGCCGGCCAUGGGACCCCCCGGACCCUGAGACUCACCAAGGUUAGUGGCUUUUCAUGGGAGAACUGCGACGAUGGAAAGGACCCAGCGGUGAUUCGCAGCCUGGCGGUGUCUCCUAACCCGAUCAACAUCCCUGGGGAUGUGACCGUCAGCGCCUCGGGCUCCACCAGUGUCUCACUCACUGCUCCUCAGAAGGUGGAGUUAACUGUGGAGAAGGAAGUGGCGGGCUUCUGGAUCAAGAUCCCUUGUGUGGAGCAGAUCGGGAGCUGCACUUAUGACAACAUUUGCGACGUCCUCGACUCUCUCAUCCCUCCGGGGCAGCCUUGCCCUGAGCCUCUGCGCACCUAUGGCCUCCCCUGCCACUGCCCCUUCAAAGAGGGCACCUACUCGCUGCCAGAGAGCCACUUCUCCCUGCCGGAUAUAGACCUGCCCUCCUGGCUCAGCACUGGCAACUACCGCAUUGACGGCGUCCUGAGCAAUGGGGACAAGAGGCUCGCCUGUGUCAAGAUCUCCGCCUCCCUCCACGGAAAGUGAGGCAGGCCUGGGCACGAGGCUGGUCACCAGCCUUCUUCUUCCUGGAGCCCCCAGGAGGGCCUGUCCCUGAGGUCGAAUUGUCCUUCCCCUUCCCUUCUCCUUGCCUUUCUCCUCCUGUUCCGAACUGGCUAUAAAGCAACAAAGUCUCGCAGGCCCUGCUCCCUGAACCUUUCCAUCCCUUCCACCGGAUCUCUGACUCAGCUACCUCUUCUCACCUUCCGAUUUCUAACCAGGCCUGAGGGCUCCCCGCUCCUUACUCUUUUUCCUUUUCCUCUCCCUCCUUCCCUCCCCACCAGCCCCUAUUUGGUUACUGCAAAUAGCUAAGUAGGGGCUGGACCUGGGGACUUCUCCCAGAGGGACCAUUGGGAGACCCUCACCAUCCCUGAAUCCUCUUCCGAGGGCUGACCUGUCACUCGGGCCUCAGGAUAUUUAAUUCCAAUUUUCACACAUGGCAUUUUAAAAAAAAAAUCACUGCAUUAACAUUUAGCUUUUUAGUCUCUUCAGCCUUCCACCUGUCCGCGAUCCAUCAUGGCAGUGACACGCUCCUCUGCCAUCCUGCCCAGCCUUUUCCUGCAUCUGCACUGCAAUGUGGCUGGUGGCUCUGGAUGGUUGGCUACUUUCCCAGAGGCCCUCUGUCCUGGGUCAUUGGCCCAGUAUAUUAUGUGCAGUGGAGAUGUGCGGACAGAAGCCGCCAGAGUGAAACCUCAGUGGUAUCCACAGGGCAUUUACUGCUGAUUUCUGCACCGUUUCAGGUUUCCUCGAAGAACCCUUGCUUGCCCUCUUCACUCCAAAAGUUUCUGUGCCCUGUUGUUUCCACCAGUGGGCAGGAGAAGGGCAGCACUAAAGGCUCAGACCUUUUUGGUUUUCCUUUCAGUAAUAGAACAAGGAGUUUUAGUUUCAGGCAUUCCUUUUCCCAAGGGACCGAAUGGUUUGCGUUGCACUAGUGAGAACGACUCUUUCUGCUGUAGGGAAGCCCACGUGGCUUUUCCACAGGCCACCGUCAUGACUGUCUGAACCGAAGCUCCAGGCCGUUUUCCCACCAGAACUCCAAUCCGAACAACUGAACCCAUCCUCGGCUUGACACAGACCACCUUUCCUAGGCAAUUUGGCCCUCAUGGAGUCCCACCACUGAGGGAACGUCACAGAAUUUGUCAGUGCUCCAAAGUAGCCCAGAAACUUAGCUCUCUCCUACCAGCCUGUUCACCAAACCUCAUAUCUGGGGACCCCAAGGGAGCUAGGGAUGCGUACGGAGCAUGCGUUCCUGUCUUAGAACUGCAGUCUGCAUUUCUUUUAACUCUGUAACACUCUGUUGAAUUGUCUCACAGAUCCGUAGUUUUUAUGGUUGUCAUUUUUUCGCUUGGGGGAAAUUCUAGUCAUCCUACCGACAGGAUCCUUCCUGCUCCGUGUUCUGGCUGGUUUUCCUUCCAGCCUGUUGUACCAGGCAGUGGCAAAACAGGGUUCUUAAAGCUGAAUUCUCAAUAAAUCUUUUUUUUUUUUUUCACUGAGGUGUGCCAGGAUGUGUUUCUGCAAUUAAAUCUGAUUUACUGA